CGUCCGGCCAGGUGCAGCCUCCGAGUGUUUGGGGGCUGCUGCGGCCCCAGAGAAGUGUUCCUAUCUCCAGCCGACCUGGGCCCUCUCCACUGGACCCCCGUGACCCUCGGAACCCAGGGAAGCAGCAGGCACCAGCUGACCAGAGACACCCCAGGCCAUGUCAGAACUUUGAGCGAGGCCUCAUGAGGGGGAACGGGUGUCACCCUUAGGCCUUCCCAGCCCAGCUUCAAGAUGCUGAGCUUAAAGCUCCCCAGGCCACUCAGCAUCGACCAGAUCCCUCAGGUGUUCCAUGAGCAGGGCAUCCUGUUUGGCUACCGGCCCCCGCAGAGUUCGGCCGCUGCCUGCCUCCUCAGCCUUUUCCAGAUGACCAAUGAGACCCUCAACAUCUGGACUCACUUGCUGCCCUUCUGGUUCUUCACGUGGAGGUUUGUGACCGUGCUGUAUGUGACGGAUGUCCAGAAUGACAGCUACUCCUGGCCUCUGCUUGUGUACAUGGGUACCAGCUGCGUGUACCCCUUUGCAUCCAGCUGUGCACACACCUUCAGCUCUAUGUCCAAGAAUGCCCGACACAUCUGCUACUUCCUGGACUAUGGCGCCGUCAACCUCUUCAGCCUGGGCUCAGCCAUUGCCUACUCUGCAUAUACCUUCCCCGACAAGCUGGUGUGCACCACCUUCCAUGACUACUACGUGGCCCUGGCUGUGCUGAACACCAUCGUCAGCACCGGCCUCUCCUGCUACUCCAGGUUUCUUGAAAUCCAGAAGCCCAGGCUCUGUAAGAUCCUUCGUAUCCUCGCCUUUGCUUACCCCUACACCUGGGACUCCUUCCCCAUCUUCUACAGGCUGUUCCUGUUCCCAGGGGAGAGCGCACAGAACGAAGCCAGCAUGUACCAUCAGAAGCACAUGGCCAUGACCCUCCUGGCCUCGUUCCUCUACUCUGCACAUCUGCCCGAGCGCCUGGCUCCUGGACGCUUCGACUACAUCGGUCACAGUCAUCAGCUGUUUCAUGUGUGUGUGAUCCUGGCCACGCACAUGCAGAUGGAAGCCAUACUUCUGGACAAGACCCUGAGGAAGGAAUGGCUGCUGGCCUCCUCCAGGCCCCUUUCUUUGGUCCAGAUCACUGGAGCCAUGAUUCUGUGUAUCAUCUUCAGCCUCAGCAACAUACUUUAUUUCUCAGCUGCUCUAUAUCGGAUUCCUGAGCCAGAAUUACAUAAAAAAGAAACAUGAUUCAGACCAUAAGCUUUUUGUGCCAGAUGCCAUUAAACUGCAACAUCCUAACCAUUGUACUUGGUACAAUGGCCUAAAAUAUCCGUAAUUAUUGGUGUCUUGGCUCUCGUGAGUGAGUGAGUGAGUUCAUGUCAUGUGCACUGAUUCUGUGUGUGAUUUUCAAAGGGGAAUACGGGUUCGAACAAGUUCUUAAGGCAAAUCAUGAAUAUUGUGUUAAGUUUUAAAUUCAUUUGAAACAUGUUUUUCCAUUCUGUUGAAACGCAGUUGGAUGAAGCACACCACCCUGUAGCUUCGUAUUAGUCUUUGAAAAUGGAACUUGCUCCAUUGGGUCAAGCUCAUGUUGCAAAGUUUCUCCUGAGAGCUUCGGCAGUGGCUGGCCGGCUACUUUGCGGGGAGAAUGAGCAGGCCAGGUCCCUGGGAGCACCUGAGAGAGAGAGACCUGUGUCAGUGGGGGCCCUGGGGACUGGGGUCCUGAGCUGGGAGGUAUUCUGGAAUGAGGAGACCUGGUUUGGGGAGGGGUCUUCUUCUCUUCCUUACCUAGUGAAAGGAAUAAAUAGGAGAGGCCCCCGUUUUUCCACCCCCAAAUUCAUUCUGCUUUCAAAGUGGAAGUUCCCACAUUAUUAAGGAUUUGGAGUUUAGAAGUUUUUUCUUAGAAGUCCACAGCCAAUAGCUGGGUGUUGUAUGUUCUGUUAGACUGUUUCUUGGUUCCAGUUUGCUGCUGUAAAAUAUUACGCAGUGCAGGAAAAAUGCGUUCCCGUGGGGAUUGGCUGAAUUCAUAUUCACUGUUAUGGUCAUCUGCCACCUUGGAACCAAGGAAGUGCUAUAUCUGAGGGUGUCAUAUAUUUGGUAUUGCUUCAGCAUUUCAGAUAAGCUGCCAAACUUUGCACUCACGUGAAGAGAACGCUAAAGACCUUGCCAGAGAGAUGGGUGAAUGUAGUGAUUUUCAGGCUUCACUGUGAAUAAAAAACACCUGGUGAACUUGUGACAGAUGCAGAUACCUGGGCCAAACCAGGAGGCUCUGCUUCAAUAGAUUGAAAUGUAGAUUCUUAGAGAAAUCUACACUAGACCACGUCCCCCUGGUGGUUUUAAUAUAGGGGGGCCAGACGUGAAGAAAUGCUGUGCCUUCCAGAAGGCACUGGGCCUAUCAGCUUUAUUUUGAUUCAUCUAAGUUUCAGCAACUCAACACCCAAGGCUGUAUCCCCACUUCAUGUUCAGAAGCCUUCUUCUGCGAAUAGUACUGAAACACCAAGUAUUUUCUCAUCUGUUGCAUUACCAAUUAAAGUUCAGUAUUUCAUGGUGUUUUCAGGGAGGACAGAAAUGCUGAGGCAAACCAUUUUUAAUGGAGACCCAUCACCCCUUCCCCUGAUCUGCACUUGCUAGUGACUUAGGAACCCUCUGUCACAAUGCAGGACCCACAGUGCUGACUCAGAAACACUCCCAUAUCUGGGAAUACUGCUUCUACGAUUAACCAGCCCAGACCCUGGAAUGGCCUUAUAAAUAGCUCAUCAUCCAAUCCUCCAAGGAGAAGUAACAAUUUAUAUUAGAUGAGAGUGGUCAAGAAAUAUGAGUUCAUUAGUUUUAUUAUCUGCUUACUUCCUCUAGGAAAAGCAGACUGAUAAAAUAAAACUAUGUGGGCUGGUAAAUUUGGGUAUAUGAAUUGCAAGCUGCAGUACAAAAUUUGUUUUUUUUUUUUUUUUUGGACAACGAUUUGACACUGUUAGUGGAAUUAUACACCAGCCAGGGUCUGUGGAUUUCUACUUCAUCUUACUGUAACUUCAGUUUAAUGGUGAAAAAUGUACCAAGCUUAAAUACCCCGUUCUGUGAUGCCAAAGACAUAAUCACCAUUAUAUUUUCUCACUUCUAGGUAAUAAAAUAAUGUUCUCAGUUUAGCUAAAUAGUUGACAGAUAAUGGAUGAUUAAUUUAAAGGACAUUUAGAUGAUUUAAUCUUUGCUCAUGUUGCUUUUUCAUCAUGCUGCAUGAUGAAAAUAAAAUGUUAAAUCAAGAGAAUAAAACAAUCAGGCAUUCUGUAAUGUUUUUAUGAGGCUGGCAAACUUUAGCCCCAUUGUACACUUUUAGAGAACGUCACAAGUUAAAAUUUUAAAACAGUUUACAGUACACUGAUUUGGAAGCAUUUAAAGUGAAAUGCGAAUGAGUUCAAAUCUAUUAUCAUUAUUAAGUAAUAGGCAUCAAAAGUCUAAUGUGGAUAGAGUUUUUGCCCAAGUCAAAAAGGUCAUUUGAAGACCUCACUGGGAAGAUGACUUUUAAUGCAGUGGUUCUCAAAAAAAAAAUUUUUUUUAAUGUCUCAAUACACCUAA